AUGGCAGAACUGUUCUCAGUCGGAAGACCAACGAAAAAGAAGACAUCGUCGAUGAAACCAGACUGGACUCAGUGCCCUGAAGAGCUACUUCAAGUUAUCUCCGAGCAUCUAGACAACUGUUUCGAUGUUGUUCAUGCUCGCUCUGUUUGCACCCUGUGGCGAUCAGCAUUUCCUUUUCCAUCUUCCCUAAUACCCCCAAGUUACUCUCUUCCCACUUAUCCUAUCGAAAAAAAUGCUGAAAGGAAGUGGGUUCGGCUUAAGAAUGUGCCAGGUUAUGCAUGCAAGGGUUUAGUCACUUUUAGAGGCAGAUUCUAUGCAAAUUUUGAUAAUAGGGACGUUUUUGUUAUCGAUCCUUAUUCGCUAGAAGCGACUCACCUGAUGCCUACGCCGCUUCUAGAGGUAAACAAUCAUAUAGUUCAAUCUGGAAAUGAUGAACUUUUCGUGGUUGAGAAAAAUGUGUCAAUAUUUAGAGUGAGUAAGCUAGAUAAGGAAGCUGGUAGAUCUAGAUGGAUCGAGGUCAGUAAUUUGGGAGACCAUGUAUUGUUGCUUGGACGCUCGGGGAAUGUAUGCUUCUUAGCUAAGGAGCUUCUUGAUCGUUGUGGUGUGAGCGGAAACUCGAUUUUGAUCACCGAUGAGCCACGCGAUGUCACAUUCUUUUAUAAAUAUGAAGUCAACUGUUGGAUAUUGUCAAGUGAGAACCUUGUGAUGAUCCUCAACAAAUUACCGGUUUUGUCUCUCCGGGUUGGAUGCUAA